UGCAUAUCAACAUUAUUUUGCUUAUAAAUGCCAAGUAUCAACCUAUCUCUCUCUCAUCAGCUAAACUCUCCCUCCUUCUCUCCUAUCCACUUCAAUGGCUGCCACCGCCAUCUUCUUCCUGUUACUUAUCACUCUCUCCCAAUCCCCGAUCCAAACGACAUGCAACCCCAUCAAAACAGUCGUCGUUUUAGUCAUGGAGAAUCGGUCUUUCGACCACAUGCUGGGCUGGAUGAAGCGGCUCAACCCCGAAAUCAACGGCGUAGAUGGAUCCGAGUCCAAUCCAGUAGUCCCAUCUGACCCGAACUCCAAACGGGUUUUCUUCCAGAACCAAUCCCACUACGUGGACCCGGAUCCAGGCCACUCAUUCCAAGCCAUACGACAGCAGAUAUUCGGCUCCGAUAACGACAGUUCCACCGACCCACCUCCAAUGAAUGGAUUCGCCCAACAAGCCUUCGCCAUGGACAACACCUCCGCUAUGGCUCAGGCCGUCAUGAAUGGCUUCGACCCGGACAUGGUUCCCGUCUAUAAAGCUCUAGUCUCUGAAUUCGCCGUCUUUGAUAGGUGGUUCGCGUCUGUGCCGUCAUCAACUCAGCCAAACCGGUUAUAUGUCCACUCGGGUACUUCCGCCGGAGCGACGAGCAACAUCCCGGCGUUGCUGGCCAAGGGCUACCCUCAACGAACCAUCUUCGAGAAUUUGGACGACGCCGGAAUAUCCUUUGGAAUUUACUACCAAAACAUCCCGGCCACACUUUUUUACCGUAACUUGAGAAAACUCAAGUACUGGGGCAAGUUCCACUCAUACGGCAGUUCGUUUAAAAGCGACGCCAGAAAAGGGAAGCUCCCGGGCUACACUGUGGUGGAGCAGCGGUACACAGAUACAAAGUCUUCCCCAGCCAAUGAUGACCACCCAUCCCAUGACGUGUACCAAGGUCAGAUGUUCGUGAAGGAGGUGUACGAGACUCUGAGGGCCAGUCCACAGUGGAACCAAACCCUAUUCAUCAUCACUUACGACGAGCAUGGUGGCUUCUUUGAUCACGUGCCCACGCCCGUGCGUGGGGUCCCUAGCCCUGACGACAUUGUGGGUCCCGAACCAUUUUUGUUUCGGUUUAAUCGGUUGGGAGUUAGAGUUCCUACGAUUAUGGUCUCGCCUUGGAUUGAGAAAGGAACCGUUGUUCAUGGGACAAACGGGUUGCCAUAUCCAACGUCAGAGUUUGAACACUCAUCCAUUCCGGCUACGGUUAAGAAGAUUUUCAACCUUCCCUCACCUUUCCUAACCAAGAGGGAUGAAUGGGCAGGAACGUUUGAAGGUAUUGUCGAAAAGAGGACAGAACCAAGAACUGACUGCCCAGAGAUACUGCCAACACCGGUGCAGAUAAGGAAGACUGGGGCUAAUGAAGAUGCGAAACUAAGCGAGUUUCAGCAGGAGCUGCUGCAGCUUGCCUCGGUUUUGAAUGGAGAUAACAUAUUGACAAGCUUCCCAGAAAAGAUUGGGAAGGAAAUGACUGUCAAGGAAGGGAAAGAGUACAUGGAAGAAGCUGUGAAACGUUUCUUUGAGGCAGGACGUUAUGCCAAGAGAAUGGGAGUUGAUGAAGAACAGAUCGUCCAGAUGAGGCCUUCCCUCACCACAAGAUCGUCUUCCAAUAUCCCUGAUGAGAAACCAUGAACUUAAAAAAAAUAUGUAGUAAUAAUAUUAUAUUUAUUUAUAAAAAAUGAAAAAAGAAUUCCCAUCCGAAAGGGAGGGAGGGAAAGUAGUAAGGAAGUAGUUUUGCAAAGUUGUCAAUUCAGUAUGUACGCACAAUAAAAAAUGAAUGAGAAGAAAUCUAAUGGAACAGUUUUUAA